GUUUCAGAAUGAAUUGGAGGGGACUGACAAAUUAAGUAGAAUAAUUGUCCAUAUUUCUGUUCAAUUCGUCCGGAAUCAUUUCUCCAAGUUUACCGCAACAACAACCAGAAUGGACGAAUAACAGGGGGGACAAUGACGUUUUUCUUUGUGAACUAGCAAGCUAACAAGCUAGCUAACGUUAGCUCCGGGCUCAGCUAGCCAGCAGCAUCAGUAGCUGCCAAUAAUACAAGACAUUAGCUCUCAAGGUAGUACUCACAGGAAAAAUGUAUUUUCUAUAUACAAUCAUCGCGUCUUUAGUUUCUUUUUUCAUUCUGAAAUGGAUGAAAAAGCGGAAGUAUUGCACAGACCUGAAAAGACUUGAUGGCAAAACAGUUCUUAUUACAGGUGGCAAUUCUGGGAUUGGCAAGGAAACAGCUGUUGCCUUGGCAAUGAGAGGCGCCAGGGUCAUCAUUGCUUGCAGAGACCUGGACAAGGCUGAGAAGGCUGUGAGGGAGAUCAAGUUCAAGAGUCACAGUCUUAACGUCCUCCACAUGGAGCUGGAUCUGGCCAACCUGCGCUCUGUACGGGAAUUCUGCAAGAGCUUCCUUCAGAGAGAGAAGAGACUUGACAUCCUGAUCAAUAAUGCAGCCAUGCCCAGUGUCCUCGACUGGACAGACGACAGCUUUAGCAUGUGUUUUGGCGUCAACCACUUAGGUCACUUCCUCCUCACCAAUCUGCUUCUGCCUCGCCUGAAAGAGUGUGCCCCCAGCCGGGUGGUCACCCUCACAUGCUCCACCUACAAAUACCAGAAGCUGGACUUCCAGGACCUCAACUACAACCUGCUGCCCUUCUUCACCUACUGCCGCAGCAAGCUGGCAAACAUCUACUUCAGCCAGGAACUGGCCCGCAUCACAGAGGGGAAAGAAGUGACCUCCUAUGCUGUGCACCCUGGGUUUGUCCAGAGUGGCUGGACGUGCCACUACUCCGUCCUGUUCCGGAUGCUGAUGAAGGUGAUCAUGUGGAUGUUUUUUGUGCCUUGUGAGACUGGAGCUCAGACUGUCAUCUACUGUGCUGUGUCAGAAGAAGCUGCCAAACACAGCGGGGGUUACUUCGUAGACUGCCGACACUCCACUCUGCGUCCUUUCGCGAGAGACGCUGGCGUGGCAAAAAAGCUGUGGGAAGCCAGUGAGAGACUGGUGAAAAUGGCCUGAUGGUAGAAGCUGCGGAAACAGUUUAGUUCUUUUGGUUUUAUUUAUUGAUUUUUUGAGGUAUUAUUUAUUUUCAAGUUUUUUUAUUACUGUGUUUUUUACAAGUAUUUUUGUUGUACAUCUAAGAUUUAUGUACCUUUAUGUGCUUGUGUAUUUUAAGAAGUAAUGUUUUUUUUCAACAUGAUUUCUUUUGUGGAUCAUCAGUUUUUUAUGCACAAAUAAAAGGACUUUUCUUGGGAUUGUACAUUGUUGUUUAAUUAAAUUAGUUAUUUUUUUCAUACACUUGUUUGUGUAACCUGAACUGACGAGGUGAUUAUUUCCUUUUUACUAAGUAUAUUUGUUGAUUUUUCACUUUAAAAUAUUUUUUUCAGUACACAAUUCUAAGGCUCUAUAUGUGGAAAUUUGCCCUAAAUUCUGUUCAUAAAACAAACAGCAGCAUCUGCUGGUGAGAAAAUGAAAGGUCGGCAGCGAGUUAGUUACUUAGCAAGAAGGGAAGGGAAAUUACUGAACAGAGCUGAGACACAAUUACAGGAAAUAGGAUCUCUCUGAAAAACACUAAAUAGAAGGACUGUUAUCUGUAAUGCAAAGGGACAGGGAUUUGCUGUUAAAGGAUAAUUUACAUUUGAGAGAAAUGGCUGAGAAGAUUGCUCUUGUUGAAAGUUUCCUGAGUUGCCAUGUGUGUUCAGAGACUUUAAGAGAUCCUGUGUCUGUGUCCCAUUUGUAAAAGAAAAUCCUCAAAAGAUUCUCCACUGAUAAACUUUGCACUGAAGGAAGUGGCUGAUUCCUUUGCUGGGAGAAGGAAAUCUGAAUCUCCUGACAGAAAAAGAGGAGCAAAAACUAGAAGUAGUGUGUAGUAAACAUCAAGCUCUCUAUGCUGCAGCCUGGAGAGCUCCUACAUGUUCACCCUGUGGGACGGCCUCAUGACGCAUCGUCUACACUGCCUCCAGGAAGUUGUCUUUAUUCAGUGUGACAACGUUCAACACUUUGGCAGCACCACUCGCCCUCGUCCUGACCAGGUUAUCAUCCUGGUCAAACUUUAACUUAACAUUUUGUACCCUGACCAGGCUGUGUUUCAUGUUAACUGUUUAUUUGCUACUCGUUUUAUGCAAAUCUACUAACCCAAGAGUAUUUGGGAUUCAUUGUUAGACUAUUUCAAUAAGGGAUAUGAGAGAGCGGAGAUUUAAGAGAAGUUGAAUCUUCCAUUUAAUACAACAUCCACCAGAGGACAAAGUGUUAGCAAUGACUUAUGGUUUUAUGGUUUAAUUACUGUUGCUGCAUAGUUUGUUUUUCAUUUCUGUUACACUUGAUAAUCUUUACAAUCCCCAUGUUGUUUAUGAAAAACAUCAGUUAAUGAUAAAAGACUAAUCUUGAGAAUCUGAACACAUCUGGAAAUUUCUUCAAUCCUAAACAAUUCCUCUGUUUUUUUCACAAUAAGAGAUCUGAUUGAAAUUUAGUUUAUUUCUAAUUGUUUGUUGGGAUUUCUAUUGAUUGUUUCCUUGGCAGCAACUAUUCUUUGUGGAUCUGGCGAGCUUUACAGUGAAUGUUGUGCACCAUCCUGGUCAAAGGUCAUGUUUUACAUGGAGGCCAUUUACUGUGAUCUGAACAGACUGCAGCCGUCACGUUUUGCUGUUUCACCUUUUUCACCUCUCAUUCUUCUGUUGGAGAUUGGUCCUAAUCAUGUGUUGUUCAG